AAGCACCUUCCUCAUCACCCCGCCAAAGCGAUAAGGCGAAAGUAAACAAAUUUCAGCUUAGAAUCACAACUUUGAACGUCUCUUACCAGCUUCAUCUCGUUCUGGUAACGACGUCUUCUCACACGAAAUUGGGCCAUUUAACCACCUCUUCAACUCGAUACUCGUCAUGCCUUCUUCGGCUUCGACCGAAAAGGACAAAUCCAAGGUCCAUAAGCUGUCCCUUAAGGGAAGCGCAAGGCUUGUGGCUGAAUUCUUUCAAUACUCAAUCCACACCAUCUUGUUCCAAAGAGGCGUCUAUCCCGCCGAGGACUUCACAGCAGUAAAGAAAUAUGGCCUCAAUAUGCUCGUAUCUGCAGACGAUCAGGUUAAGGCCUACAUCAAGAAGAUCAUGUCGCAGUUAGAUAAGUGGAUGCAGCACGGAAAAAUUAGCAAGCUAGUCAUUGUCAUUACCGACAAAGACACCGGGGAGCACGUUGAGAGGUGGCAAUUCGACGUCCAGAUUCUUGCUUCAUCAAAGUCCAAGAAAGCCUCCAAAUCGGCCAACCUUGCCGCCGCCACAGGAGACCAGGAGAACAACGGCAGGGGUGAUAGUAGCGGCACUGCCCCCGCAGCAUCCUCAGCCGACCCGUCCAAGACAGAAGCCGAGAUCCAAGCAGAGAUCGCCGCUUUGUUCCGCCAGAUCACCGCCUCCGUCACCUUUCUCCCACAGCUCGCCGGUGACUGCACCUUCAAUGUCCUCGUGUAUGCUGAUGCCGAUAGCGAUGUGCCUGUGGAAUGGGGAGAUAGUGACGCCAAGGAGAUCGUUGAUGGAGAGCGCGUGCAGUUGCGUGGAUUCAGCACAAGCAAUCACCGUGUGGAGACGCUUGUGAGCUAUCGACUUGGAAAUUGAGUAUCUACAGCAUCUCCCCUCUCAUGGUAUCGUCGAGCUAUCUAAUUGAUGGGGGCUAUCAGUUUCCAUACUAUCGGGAACAAAACUCGACCGCGCUUCAGGCUGAUACUGUCGCAUGGCCAGGGUCAUAAUUGGCUGGGGCGUUUUAGGAGUAUGUCUGGUUAGGAAUGAGUUACACUGGCUCUGUCAGCUCUUUAUGCCUGGGAGAAAUUACGGCUACAGUAACGGGACCAUCAACGUUUACUAUUUAUUCGGAGAGGGGGGAACGAUGACAACGCGUCUCGGAUGUGAAGCUGUAAGAAUCUAAAUGUAACCGACUUUUUGUAUUUUUCGUCAGAGCUAGCAACAUGAGAAACUA